CAUUACAAACUAAAAUACACGUAUUCCUUAAGCAAAUUACCAAAAUGAAAAUUUCAAUAUUUCAAAUUUUUAUCAUCUUAAUCAUAUUCCCAUCAUUAAUAAUGGGAUUAUCAACAUACAAUGUUAUAAGCCUAGGAGCAAAACCCGACGGUAAAACCGACUCGACUAAUGCUUUUAUAAAAGCAUGGUACAAAGCUUGUGGUACGUUAGGAAAGUCCGUAAUUAACGUGCCUAAAGGACGGUACUUGAUUCGAAAUGCGAUUACAUUUCAAGGAGGGAGAUGUAAAAGCGUAAACAUAAAUUUCGUAAUAAAGGGAACAAUUGUUGCGCCAUCUGAUUAUCGAGUGCUUGGGAACGCACAUAGUUGGUUCUCGUUUGAAUCGACUAAAGGUGUUACUAUUACUGGUGGUAAAUUUGAUGCUAAAGGUGUUACUUUGUGGAAUUGUAAGUUGUCGCGUAAGACUGGUUGUCCAAGUGGUGCUUCGACUUUGGCCUUCACUAAUUCCAACAAUAUCAACAUAAGAGGAGUGACAUCAAUUAACAGUCAAUUGGGUCAUAUAUCCAUCAAUGGUUGCAACAACGUCAAUAUACAAAGUGUGAAAAUUUUAGCUUCCGAUAACAGUCCUAAUACUGAUGGAAUUCACGUACAACUCUCAAAUCGAGUAACUAUACUUAAAUCGAAGAUUAGUACUGGCGACGAUUGCGUUUCAAUCGGCGCCGGUACUACGGCUCUCCGGAUCGAGAAUGUUCUUUGUGGUCCCGGUCAUGGCAUUAGCAUCGGGAGCUUAGCAAAAGACCUAAAUGAGUCAGGAGUAGAGAAUGUGAUAGUAAACAACGUUACAUUCGUGGGUACUCAAAAUGGCGUAAGGAUAAAGUCGUGGGGAAGGCCAAGUAAUGGGUUCGUGAAGAAAGUUGUGUUCCAACAUUGUACAAUGAUCGAUGUACAAAACCCUAUCAUUAUUGAUCAAAACUAUUGUCCAGGCAACCAAGGGUGCCCUGGAAAGGCAUCUGGGGUAAAAAUCAGCGACGUAACAUAUCAAGACAUUCAUGGAACGUCAGCAACAGAAGUGGCUGUAAAAUUUGACUGCAGUGCAAUAAAUCAUUGUCAAAAUAUAAAAUUAGAUAACGUAAAAUUGAGCUUUAAUAAGAAGCAGCCCGCCAAGGCAACAUGCGUUUAUGCUGAGGGCUCUACUCGUGGUUUGGUUGUGCCUAAAAGUUGUUUAUAUUAG